UUAAAAGUAAAAUUUAAAUGGAUGAAAAUGAUGAAAAUGUUAAUAGGCAAGUUGAAAAUAAUCGUCGCAGAAAUGCCAGAAAUAGGCUGAGGCGAGAUGAAAUUAAUAAUCAACAGAAUGCUAGAUAUGCUGGUAGACAUGAAAGAAUGCAUUGUAUAGCAAGAAGUAAUACUAUUCCAGAUUAUAAUUAUUUAGGAGAAAUGAAUCAUAUUUGUCAGCAUUGUGGUGCUAAGAAAUUUCCUGAUGAAACACAUUUUUUAUGUUGCCCUAAUGGAAAGGUAGUUUUGUCUCAACUUUCACCAUUUCCGCAAGAUUUACAAGAUUUAUUUACAGGAAGUUAUGUAGAUCGAAAUGCCAAUGUGAAUUUUCUAAAAUAUAUUCGAAAUUAUAAUGCCUGUCUUUCUUUUGCUUCAUUUACUGCUAAUGUAGUUCAACCCAUGAAUCAUGGGCCGCCAUGUUUUAGAAUAUGUGGUCAGGUUUUUCAUCGUGUUGGUAAUCUUAGGCCAGAUCAAGAUAUUCCUCCAACAUAUUGUCAACUAUACAUUUAUGAUCCACUUGCAGCAAUAAAUUUUAGAAUGCGACAACCUGGUAAUGAUCUUUGCUUAAAUGAUUUAAUGUUUCGGUUGCAAACUGUUAUUAGUGAGGAGAACCCAUUUGCUCUCGCAUUUAAAAACAUGGCUGAAGUGGAAGAUGAAGAAAUUCGCCAAGCAGCUAUAGAAGGUCGCUCAGUCUCAGUUGUAAAAAUGUCUUUACUUGAAGGGCAAGAUAGACGUCGCUAUAAUCUCCCUUCACAUAAUGAAGUUGCAGUUGUAUUUGUUGGUGAAGAUGGUGCUCCUCCUGCUUCCAGAGAAGUUGUUAUUUACCCGAGAGGUCAUCCUCUUAAAACUAUAUCAAGUAUGUCUGCCAACUUAGAUCCUAUGGUUUAUCCUCUAUUUUUCCCAAGGGGUGAUGCUGGUUGGCAUAAUCAAUUGGUUCACAACCCUGAACGUGCUACAUUGGUUAGAAAUCAUGUUACAUUAUCUCAGUAUUACAAUUAUCGACUUUCGGUUAGACAAAUUUUUUCUUCAAUCUUUUAUGGCAAGAAACUAUUUCAGCAAUAUGCUGUUGAUGCAUAUGUCAAAAUUGAAGGCCAGCGCCUUGCUUUUAUCAGAAAUAACCAAAACAAACUUAGAAGCGAGCAGUAUGAUGCCUUACAUGAACAUGUAGACAACCUUGGAAACGAUCAUAAUGUUAGAGUAGGGCGCGUUGUAGUUUUGCCAUCUACUUAUGUAGGAAGUCCUAGAGCUUUAAAAGAAAACUUUGAAGAUGCUAUGGCUAUAAUUAAAAAGUAUGGUAAACCAGAUCUUUUUAUUACUUUUACCUGCUACCCAAAAUGGCGCGAGAUAACUGAAAAUUUAUAUCCAGGUCAAACUGCAAAUGAUAGACCUGAUUUAGUUACACGAGUAUUUAAACUCAAAUUAAAUAAUCUCCUAAAUGAUAUUUUUAAGCAUGGUGUAUUAGGGAAAGUCGUAACCCAUGUUCAUGUUAUCGAAUUUCAAAAGCAUGGUUUACCACAUGUUCAUAUUUUACUUCACUUUGCCACUGAUGACAAGCUGGAGACAGCACAGGAUAUCAAUAGUUUAAUAUGUGCUGAAAUUCCAGAUUAUAAAUCGUGA